CUUUUUAUAGACCUUUCAAAACUUUAGCAGCCAAAAGAAUUCAAUUGAACCUCAAAGCAGAAAUAAACUUAUACAACAAAAGUUUGCUUUAUACAUUUAUACUUUAGGCUAAAAAAAAAGAGGUUAGAGGUCGAAUACAAGUAUAAAUCAGACAAUUUCUAAGGAAAAAAAAUUAGAAAAUUGUAUAAAGUUCAAUUCUUAAAGAGGAGCACCUGACUGGCCAUCCGAGGACCUUUGCUAACAGAUCUAAAAUGAACCACCACGAGACAGUAGUGUUGCUCGCCUUAGCCUCGCUCUGCGUCAUCAGCGCCACGCCUUUGUCUUCGGCAAUAGUCGAGCCAGUGGCCCCCCUUGAUCAGAUGGCCCCUGACCACGCCUGCCUUUUCUUGUGCAAUGUUUGCUUUCAUGAACAGGAUGCUAUGGAAGAGCUCAUGCUUUGCAGCAACACCGUCUGUGGUCCAGUCAUGGAAGGCACCUGCGCUAUGGAUAAAUUUCUCUGGCUGGGCAGACACUGCAGGCAUUACGGCGACGUGGAGAGACUGUGGUCCUUCAGUGCUAAACACUAAAUAGGUCAUCAGUCAUCUAGUCUCAGUAUUUCACAUCACUAUGUACACUGAAAGUUAUCAACAUUAAAAAAUAAACUAAAUAAUGGCAA